CCUUUCCAAUUUCUCUCCCCGCCCCCCCUGUAAACUCAGAUUGCGCUCUUUCCCCAACCUCGUAGCCACGGGUCUUCUAUCGGAAACUCCCUCCAGCCUCGCCGGGAAAAUACCUCCGCCUCAAAACCAGAGAUAAGAGGAGAGAAGCUCUCGACCUCGACAGAGUUUCUGGAGAGAGAGAGAGAGCACGUCGCGAUUUGCGGAAAUGGUGGCGCUCACCAAUUAGUCCAACUAAAAUUUUCGUCUAUCAGCAUGGGUUCGCCUUUAGGUGGUGAGGGUCCUGCUAUACUGCAGUUGAACAAAUGGUGCCCUUCACAGGCCCAGCUCAACCUGUCAGAAUUUCGUGAAGCUUUUAUUUCUCCUACACGACACAUAUUGUUAUUACUUUCGUAUCAAUGCGAAGCUCUGUUGCUUCCUUUGAUUACUGGGGACUCUACACAUAAUAAUGAUUUGGAAAGUAGUUAUGCCAAAAGUUCCAAAUAUCCAGGAUCAUUUUUGAAAGGAUCCACAGUAUCUAGUAAGUCAGAUUCAAGGGAUGACAUGGAAUGUACAUCUGGGUUAGAAGUGGAUUUUGAUCACGGUUUUUCUCUUGAAUCAAGAUCUAAUAGUAAUACUUUUAUUGGUGACGUAAAAUCACUUGCUUGGGGUAUAUCCAGUGAUACUUAUAAUCUGCACAAGGAUACUUCAUUUAGAGAAUUUCUGUUUGUAUCUGGCAACCAUGGUGUGACUGUCCAUGCUUUCUGUCAACCCAGUAGAAGCACUUCAAUGGCUGGAACCGCACUAACGGGCGACUUUGGGCAAGGGAGGUGGGUGGAAUGGGGGCCUUCUUCCAUAUCAGCUCAAGGGAUGGAGGAACAAGAAGCUUCCAGCUUGUGUUGUAAACCCAUUGGAGAUGUCAUAGAUGUAAACAAGACCGAUGGAAAUAGUGAGAUUCCGCAUAAUCUUUCUGAAGGAGAUGAUGAUUUGUCAAGAGGCAUUGCUUCUAAAACAUGGUUCCAAUCUUUUUUCACUAAAGCCGAAUGUAUUAAAUCUGAUGGCACAAUAUGGACCAGGUUCCCAGACAAGUCAUCAUUUCCUUGUUCUGCUGAGGUUGUUUCAUUCAGUCUUUUUAACAGUAACUCACCACUUCUGGACUUCUUUUUCAAAGGCAACUCUGUAUCAAAUGAGGAGAGCUGGCAGGAAACAGUUCUUGCUUCCGAGAAUAAUGCAGUUAUGAAGUCAGAUUUGGCUACAUCUGUUUCAAAUUGCAAGUCUGAUGUUGUAUCCGAUGUUUUCAGUGUUGGAGUGAAUAGUUCACACAAGUGCUCCAGAGUGUUUUCUAGCAAUUCACAUCACUUAAUUGGAUUCGUUUUCACAUUGGUGGAUGCUGUUUCUGUCAAUCGUAGUGAUGAAAGUGAGAGGAGCAAGACCAGUAAUUUACUUCUUGUUGCUAGGUUAGAGAAUUGGGGAAUCCGGUGGGUUUCCUCAUUGAAGCUUGAAGAAAGUCUAAACAUAGGCCCGGUGGUUGAGUGGGCAGACUUCCACUUUUCUUCUGAUAAUCUUCUUGUUUGUCUUAAUGCGUCUGGCUUAAUCUUUUUUUAUACUGCAAUGACUGGUGAUUAUGUUGCAUGUAUGAAUCUUUUACAAAUAUGCGGGCUUAACCCUCAAUCUGAUUUACUUGAGAAAGAAGAACUUUCUGCAGGCGUUGAUGUGAAAAUUAACAAAGUUGAUGGAGUUCCUGAGAAGUCAACUUAUCAACGUGGUUGUUAUGGUAGAAGAAUGUUUAAAAGGUUGUUUGUUGAUUCACAUACUUCCCUCUUAGCUGUGGCUGAUGAAUAUGGUGUAAUAUACGUAAUACAUGCUGGUGACUAUAUUCCAGACAAGUAUUAUACAUCUGAGAAAUUGCUUCCUCAUUUUCAGCAAUCAGGACUUGGUAUGUUGGUUGGUUGGGAGGUUGGUGGUUCUGAUAUUGGACCCCAAAGGGAUUCUAGUUAUGCUAAUUAUCUCAAAUUUUGUAAUUCAUCCAUGAUGGAUGGAAAAUUCUCUUGCUUGGAUAAUAUUGGAAGCAAUGUACUUCAGAAAACCCAAGACGUGAACCUUCAUGGAGAGAGGAACCAAUGUGACCCAUGUUUAAGUGGCUUUUCUGCUUCAAAUACUACAGAUCAGAGGUCUCGUGAUGCUGAAGGGCCAUCGCACACUUUGCGAAAAAUAUUGCUUUCUACGUGUAGAUUUAAUGAGGAUGACUGUAUCUGUUUUUCUCCUUUGGGAAUUACUCGGUUUAUUAAAAAACGUCAUUUGAAUAAUCAAAAGGGUUCUCAGGUCAUUCAUUUCAAUCUGCGUGCGGAGUCUGCAGUUCAUGAUGACAGCUGCUUGAAUGGGAAUAAAAUGUUUUGUCUACAAGGGAGAAAAGAAGCUUUUAUUGGAGAAGCAGUCGGUUGCACAUUCCAGGGAUGUUUUUAUCUGGUGACAGAAGGUGGUCUUUCAGUGGUUUUUCCCUCUAUUUCGGUUUCAUCUAAUUUCCUUGCUGUGGAGACCAUUGGAUAUCGGCAGUCAAGUAUAAAUACUGGCAUUGGAUAUCAAAUCAAAGAUGUAUUGGGAAUUGAUGAAUCAAAACAGCCCUGGCCACUGUGGAAGCUUGAAGUUUUGGAUAGAGCUUUUCUGAAUGAAAGCCCUCUAGAGGCAGAUCGCUUAUGUUCGGAAAAUGGGUGGGACCUUACAAUUUCACGGAUGCGUCGAUUGCAAAUAGCUUUGGACUACUUGAAAUUUGACGAAAUAGAGCAAUCUCUAGAAAUGCUUGCGAGUGUAAAUCUCGCUGAAGAAGGAAUUUUAAGAUUGCUCUUUGCAGCUGUUUAUCUGAUGCUCUGUAAAUCUUCCAAUGAUAAUGAGGUUUCUGCUGCAUCAAGGCUUCUCACAUUGGCCACAAGCUUUGCAACCAAAAUGAUUCGAAGAUAUGGAUUGCUACAACUCAGGGAAGAUGCUUACCUAUUACAGACUUUUACUAGGACUCACGUACUUUCUCUUCCACCAGUUGGACCAGAGAAAGUACAAAAUGAUCAGGAGCAUUCAAGAAAACUUCAAGAGAUGGCUCGCUUUUUAGAGAUUAUUCGAAAUCUGCAAUAUCGACUUGAUUCAAGAUUCAAAAGGCCAGGCCAAGGAUUGGUGGAUGGUAUGGAAGUAUCUAGUUUGAUGGAUAUGGAUUCAUCCCAAGAUGAAUCUAUUCAAUCCACAGAUGCGGUAUCAUUAGAAAUGCCAAACCAACUUGAAAUAUCUUUUCCUGAGACUUCAGGCUCUAACGAUACUGAAAAUCUUGCUUUGAUACCUAUGGAUACUGAAUCCCAUUUGGACCCUGAGGACUUAAGUGAAGUAUCUGCUCUUGUGUCUCAAGGGGGGAUGCCGGAGAAGAAAAUUCUUCCAUUAGAAAAUCCCAAGGAGAUGAUUGCACGUUGGAGGUUAGAUAAUUUGGAUCUUAAAGCUGUGGUUAAAGAUGCUUUACUUUCCGGUCGUCUCCCUUUAGCAGUUCUUCAACUGCAUCUUUGUCAUUCAAGAGGUUUGGUCACUGACAAAGAGCCUAUUGAUACUUUCACUGAAGUUCGCGACAUUGGAAGAGCUAUUGCCUAUGAUCUAUUUUUGAAGGGUGAAACUGGCCUUGCUGUAGCUACAUUGCAAAGGCUUGGAGAAGACAUUGAAACCAGCCUCAAGCAGUUAUUGAUUGGCACUGUAAGGAGAUCUCUUCGAGCAGAAAUUGCUGGGGAGAUGAAAAAAUGUGGUUACUUGGGACCACAUGACUGGAAGAUACUAAAUGGAAUAUCAGUCAUUGAGAGGCUCUACCCUAGUAGUAGUUUCUGGAAAACAUUUCUUGGCCGGCACAAAGAAUUCAUGAGAACUUCAUCAAGUUCAAGUUCACCAGGGAGACUGGAUUUGCACCUGCUGAAUUCACCUUUGUUUGGCAAGCUGAUAAUUGAGUGCGGUGAGAUUGAUGGGGUUGUUUUAGGUUCAUGGACAAAUGUCAGUCAGAGCUCUUCUGUUGCUGAGGUGGAAGAAGAUAGUGUUCAUGCUGGAUACUGGGCCGCUGCUGCUAUCUGGUCUAAUGCCUGGGAUCAAAGAACCAUUGAUCGAAUACUGUUGGAUCAAUCUUUUCUUAUGGGUGUUCAUUUAUUGUGGGAAUCUCAAGUUGAGUACUAUAUAUGCCAUAAUGACUGGGAAGAAGUUUCUAAACUCCUGGACCUGGUUCCUGCAUCUAUUUUAUCGCAUGGAAGCCUCCAAGUCAGUUUAGAUAGUAUACAGCCUGCUUCAAAUGUUGUGUACAAUAGGGAAUCUUCUCAUUAUGGCAAAUACUUACGCUCUCUUGAAGAACUAGAUGCUGUGUGCAUGGACAUUCCAAACGUCAAAAUUUUCAGGUUUCCAGGUAAUCUUAUGUGCUCAGUCUGGUUAAGGUUGCUUAUGGAGGAGAAACUUGCAAAGAAGUUCAUUUUUCUUAAGGAAUAUUGGGAAGGCACAGCAGAGAUAGUACCUCUUCUGGCCCGUUCAGGCUUCAUCUCUAAUGGAUAUAGAACUCCUUUUGUGGAUGAUAACAUUAAGAAUUCAUCAGAUCUCAACUUGUCAGAUGGUGAUGGAUCCUCUCAUGUUGACACCGUGCAAGCUAUGCAUAAAUUAGUAGUACAUUACUGUGCUCAAUACAACUUGCCAAACCUUCUGGACCUUUAUCUUGACCACCACAAACUGGUUUUAGAUAACGAUUCACUUGGUUCAUUGCUGGAAGCUGCAGGAGAUUGGCAAUGGGCAAGAUGGUUGCUCUUAUCUAGAGUGAAGGGGCAUGAAUAUGAUGCCUCACUUUCUAAUGCUCGUUCAAUAAUGUCACGUAAUUUAGUUCCUGGCAGUAAACUCAGUGUCCUGGAGCUAGAUGAAAUAAUACAUACUGUUGAUGACAUCGCGGAAGGAGGGGGGGAAAUGGCAGCUCUAGCAACGCUAAUGUAUGCUCCCGCACCUAUUCAAAGUUGUGUGAGUUCUGGUAGUGUAAACCGGUAUGGUAGCUCCUCUGCCCAGUGCACCCUGGAGAAUCUAAGACCUACCCUUCAGCAGUUUCCUACAUUGUGCCGCACACUUGUAGCUGCAUGUUUUGGACAAGAUACAACUUACAAUGUUGUGGGCCCUAAAGCAAAGAAUGCUUUGUCUGACUAUUUAAAAUGGCGUGAUAACAUCUUCUCUGCUGGACUUGAUACUUCACUUCUGCAAAUGCUGCCAUGCUGGUUUCCUAAGGCUGUGCGAAGAUUGAUUCAGAUUCACGUCCAGGGUCCUCUUGGAUGGCAGUCACUUUCAGGUCCUAUUGGAGAGUCUCUACUAGAUAGAGACAUUGAGUUUUUCAUAAAUGCUGAUGAACAAGCUGAGAUCAGUGCAGUCUCCUGGGAAGCAACUAUCCAAAAGCACAUUGAAGAGGAGCUCUAUAGUUCUUCACUGGUGGAAUCUGGACUUGGGCUUGAGCAUCACUUGCAUCGCGGACGUGCACUGGCAGCUUUCAACCAUCUUCUUGCAGCUAGAGUUAAAAAAUUGAAUGCAGAAGGGCAAGGCAGUGCUUCAGCACAUGGACAAAGUAAUGUGCAAUCAGACGUGCAGACACUUCUUGCACCUUUAACCCAAAGUGAAGAGUCUCUUCUUGCAUUUGUUCAACCCCUUGCUAUUAUCCAUUUUGAGGAUUCUGUAUUGGUGUCUUCAUGUGCUUUUCUCCUGGAGCUUUGUGGGCUAUCUGCCACCAUGCUUGGCAUUGACAUUGCUGCCUUGAGACGGAUAUCUUCCUUUUACAGGUCCACUGAAAUCAAUGACAAUUUUAGACAACUUUCACAGAAGGGUUCUGCAUUUCAUGCAGUAUCUCAUGAAAGUGAUAUAAUAGAAUCUCUUGCACGAGCUCUGGCCGAUGAUUAUUUGCACGAUACACCCAGUAUCAAACCCAAGGGAACUCUAAAUUCAGAUACUAGUAAACGACCUUCACGAGCUCUCAUGCUCGUUCUUCAGCAUUUGGAAAAGGCUAGUCUUCCACUGAUGGUGGAUGGAAAUACAUGUGGGUCUUGGCUUUUAAGUGGCAAUGGUAAUGGAACUGAAUUAAGAUCUCAACAGAAAGCUGCAAGCCAGCAUUGGAAUUUAGUUACAGUUUUUUGUCGGAUGCAUAAGCUUCCCUUGAGCACAAAAUACCUUUCUUUACUAGCAAAAGACAAUGACUGGGUUGGGUUUUUGUCAGAAGCUCAGGUUGGAGGAUACCCUUUUGACACAGUAGUACAAAUAGCAUCAAAGGAGUUUGGUGAUCCACGUCUCAGAAUUCAUAUAUUAACAGUUUUGAAAGGCAUGCAAUCAAAAAAAAAAGCUAGCUCUUCAUCAUAUUCAGAUACUACAGAUAAAGGGAGUGAAACUCCCUUUUCAGAUGACAGCAUAUGUGUUCCUGUCGAACUCUUCAGAACCUUAGCUGAGUGUGAGAAGCAGAAAAAUCCUGGAGAGGCCCUUUUGAUGAAAGCAAAGGACUUGUCUUGGUCUAUUUUGGCCAUGAUUGCAUCUUGCUUUCCUGAUGUGUCUCCAGUGUACUGCUUAACAGUGUGGCUGGAAAUUACUGCAGCAAGGGAAACUUCAUCCAUUAAGGUGAAUGAUAUUGCAUCUCAGAUUGCAGAUCAUGUUGGAGCAGCUGUGGAAGCUACUAAUUCUCUACCAGGAAGUGGUAGAGCCCUUACAUUUCACUACAACCGGUGUAAUCCGAAACGCAGGCGGCUUAUGGAGCCUAAAGCAGCUGAUCCUGUGUCUGAGGCGACAAUUGACAUUUCAAAUACUUCUGCGAGUGCAAAAAGAUUUGUUGUGGAAGGCAUUAUUUCUGAGGAAGAGAAAAAAAUGGAACUUGGUGAACAUAUUAUUGUUUCAAGUGAUUUUGACGAAGGGCAUGUUUCCCUUUCCAAGAUGGUUGCAGUGCUAUGUGAACAACACUUGUUCCUGCCUCUGCUAAGGGCAUUUGAAAUGUUCCUUCCUUCAUGUUCACUCUUACCUUUCAUCCGUGCUCUUCAGGCAUUUUCGCAAAUGCGUCUUUCUGAAGCCUCGGCACAUUUGGGUUCCUUUUCUGCCCGAAUUAAGGAAGAACCUGCGAAUCUACUGGCAAAUAUGGGAAAAGAAGGGCAGAUUGGGACUUCAUGGAUAAGCUCCACUGCUAUAAAAGCUGCCGAUGCUAUGCUUUCGACUUGUCCAUCUCCAUAUGAGAAAAGAUGCUUGCUACAACUUCUUUCUGCUACUGACUUUGGUGAUGGAGGAUCUGUGGCAACACGCUAUCGACAACUUUAUUGGAAAAUUAAUUUAGCAGAGCCUUCAUUGCGGAAAGAUGAUGUUUUACACCUUGGGAAUGAGACUCUAGAUGAUGCUUCGCUUUUAACAGCACUAGAAAAGAAUGGGCAUUGGGAGCAAGCACGGAACUGGGCCAAGCAGUUAGAGGCCAGUGGGGGAUCUUGGAAGUCUGCUGUUCAUCAUGUUACGGAGACUCAGGCUGAAUCUAUGGUAGCUGAAUGGAAGGAAUUUCUUUGGGAUGUCCCAGAAGAGAGAGUUGCAUUAUGGGGCCACUGCCAGACGCUGUUCAUAAGAUAUUCCUUCCCUGCUUUACAGGCUGGGUUAUUUUUCCUAAAACAUGCAGAAGCUGUGGAGAAAGAUCUCCCUGCGAAGGAGCUUCAUGAUCUAUUGUUGCUUUCUCUACAAUGGUUGAGUGGGAUGAUAACCAUGUCUAAUCCAGUUUAUCCUUUGAAUCUUCUGCGGGAAAUCGAGACUAAAGUUUGGCUCUUGGCAGUAGAAUCAGAAGCUCAGGUGAAGAAUGAAGGAGACUUCAAUUUAACCAGUUCAAAUCGGGAGUCUGUUAUCAAGAAUAGCUCUAGUAUUAUUGACCGAACUGCAAGUUUAAUAACUAAAAUGGACAAUCAUAUGAACACAAUGAGGACUAGAACUGUAGAGAAAAGUGAUGCUAGAGAGAAUAAUCAGACACAUCACAAGUACCAAGUCUUGGAUGCCAGCUUUCCAACCACAGCUGGGGGGAGUACAAAGACAAAGCGGAGAGCCAAAGGCUUUGUGCCACUAAGACGGCCGUUAGUGGAUUCAAUGGAUAAAAGCACCGAUCCUGAUGAUGGCUUUGGUCCUCUUAAAUUUGCAAGUGAAUGGCCAUCGCAAGAAGAAAACAUUAAAAUGGAAAUGUCCUUUUCGAGGUGGAAGGAAAGGGUUGGACCUGCAGAGCUGGAGAGAGCUGUUCUUUCUUUAUUGGAGUUUGGUCAAAUAACGGCUGCCAAGCAACUCCAACAUAAGCUGUCUCCUGCACAAAUACCUUCUGAAUUUGUACUUGUGGAUGCUUCUUUAAAGCUUGCUGCUAUCUCGACUCCUAGCAGUGAAAUAUCCAUGUCAAUGCUAGAUGAGGAAGUGCGUUCUAUUAUCAAGUCAUAUGAUAUACCGACUGACCAGCAAAAGGUCAACACUCUGCAGGUUUUGGAGAUGUUGGAAACUAUUUUUACUGAAGGUAGUGGACGUGGCCUAUGCAAGAGGAUAAUAGCAGUUGUGAAAGCUGCGAAUGUCUUGGGGCUUUCAUUUUCGGAGGCAUUUGAUAAGCAACCAAUCGAAUUGCUACAGCUGCUUUCUCUUAAAGCACAAGAGUCAUUUGAGGAGGCAAAGCUCCUUGUGCAAGCUCAUUCUAUGCCAGCCUCUAGUAUUGCUCAAAUUCUUGCAGAAUCAUUUCUAAAGGGCCUAUUGGCUGCACAUCGUGGGGGAUAUAUGGAUUCUCAAAAGGAGGAAGGGCCUGCUCCCCUACUAUGGAGAUUUUCAGACUUCCUGAAGUGGGCAGAGCUCUGCCCUUUGGAGCCAGAAAUUGGCCAUGCAUUGAUGCGUUUGGUGAUUACUGGACAAGAGAUACCACAUGCUUGUGAGGUUGAGCUUCUUAUUCUGUCCCACCACUUCUACAAAUCAUCAGCUUGCCUUGAUGGAGUUGAUGUUCUUGUAGCCCUUGCUGCAACCAGGGUUGAAGCUUAUGUGUCCGAGGGUGAUUUUUCAUGUUUGGCUCGCCUGAUAACUGGGGUUGGAAAUUUCCAUGCCCUUAAUUUCAUUCUUGGAAUUCUUAUAGAAAAUGGUCAGCUGGAUCUUCUUCUUCAAAAAUAUUCAGCUGCUGCAGACACAAACCCAGGCACUGCUGAGGCUGUCAGGGGAUUUCGAAUGGCUGUCCUGACAUCAUUGAAACAGUUCAACCCCAAUGACCUUGAUGCAUUUGCAAUGGUCUACAACCAUUUUGACAUGAAGCAUGAAACAGCUGCUCUAUUAGAGUCACGAGCCGAGCAGUCUUCUGAGCAGUGGAUCCAUCACUAUGACAAGGACCAGAAUGAAGAUCUGUUAGAUUCCAUGCGCUAUUACAUAGAAGCUGCUGAAGUUCAUUAUUCCAUCGAUGCUGGCAACAAAACACGCAAAGCUUGUGCUCAGGCUUCCCUUGUGUCCCUUCAAAUCCGAAUGCCAGAUUUCCAGUGGCUUUAUAGAUCUGAAACCAAUGCCAGACGAGCCCUAGUUGAGCAGUCCCGUUUUCAAGAGGCCCUAAUCGUUGCUGAAGCCUAUGGUCUUAACCAGCCAAGUGAGUGGGCAUUGGUUCUUUGGAAUCAGAUGCUCAAACCAGAACUAUUAGAAGAUUUUGUGGCUGAGUUUGUGGCCGUGCUUCCUCUCCAGCCUUCAAUGCUUGCUGAUCUUGCAAGAUUUUACAGGGCUGAGGUUGCCGCCAGAGGGGACCAGUCCCAAUUCUCAGUUUGGCUAACUGGUGGAGGUUUGCCUGCAGAAUGGUUUAAAUACUUGGCAAGAUCAUUUAGAUGCUUGUUAAAGCGAACGAGGGAUUUGAGGCUGCGGUUGCAGCUGGCUAAUGUGGCAACUGGAUUUAAGGAUGUGAUUGAUGCCUGCGUGAAGGCAUUGGACAGAGUCCCUGACAAUGCUGGGCCACUUGUGCUGAGGAGAGGGCAUGGUGGGGCUUACCUCCCACUAAUGUGAAGCAUAUGGGAAGGGCAACAUUUUUGAUUGAUUGUUAUUGUUGAUGUUGAGGAAGGGGGGCGAAGAUGUUAAUAUCCCCUGCAGUCUCUUUUGAUGAAUUAGCAUCGGGAUUUGUUGUUUGGGCGAUGGUGGUGUGGGAAGAAACUCCAAAAGCAGGGUAAAAAUGAAUUUGAGGUAGGUUAUAUGAAAAUUGAGAUAGUUUUAGAUUCGUAUACCCAUUUAAAAGAUUUUUAAAUUCUUUUUCAAGCUCAUUGGACGGGCCAGAAGGAGAGGGUAGUGUGAAGAAAAUAGGUUAAAGUUCAAUUAGUCGAGCCUAGCAAAGUCUUUGUAAAAUUAUUUUGAGUUGGUUCUGCUUCUUUUUGUUUGUUUGUUUGUUUUUCCCUUGAUUUUUUGAUUCAUUUUGAGCCCAGUUGUAUAUCCCACUGAAUCAUUAUCGACAAACAAAUGCUCCUUUUGAUUUUGUAAGAAAGGUGUAAUAUGUUCAUAUUCUUUUUCACUAUAAAGGUAAUCGAAAAUGAUUUUUUAUUUUU